GUCUUGGRACGCUGUCCUUUCAACCUGUUUCGAAUCCUAGUAGCUAAUGCUUCGCCUAUUGUUGAAACCACAACGAAGUAAAGAACKGAGUAACUUCGUCUGGUUUGACGUCUGGUAUAAGCUUAGAGAUAACGGAUUUGGGAAUCUAUUUCCCAACUAUACUUUAUUGACAUGGGAUAUUCUAAAAUGAACUCCGGGCAWUUCAUGCACUUAUUUGGGUGUGUAAUAGAUAUCGAUAAUUGURCCCAUACAUUGACAGAAUAUCUAACGUGACAAACUGCUCUGUUUGYCUUGGUAUUUCCGAUCAAUACAGACUGCUGAUAUUACACCCCUCUUCAGCUCGUCAUUGGAAUCUAGGAGGGUCAAUUCGUGAGACCGGUUACUAGGCAACACGUCGAUUGUGCAUUGAUGAGGGUCAUAAAGGACGAGGUAYUUUUAAUAUAGUCAUUUGAUUAAGUUACAGCAGUGAGAUUCGUAGGAUAAAUAAAUAUCCGAUGAAAUGGAGCUCGGCAAGGUUUUCUGCCUUGUGUUAGUGCUACUAAUGGCUCUGUUCACGCGGAAUAGCGAUACGUCGAGUAUUUACGUGGGACGACACGCUAUGGCAUCACGACCACAACUUGCUAAGAAUUAUAACGACUGCGAAGACUUUGAUGUCAAAAUGUGUCAAAAGAUUAUUUACUGGUUCGGACAUAAAGCAUGYAAAGAUCAACAAAAUAACCGUUACACCAAGUAUCUCAGUCGUGCAUGCCCCAAGUCCUGUGGUUUGUGUGAUUGCAAAGAUACUGGAGAGUUUUGUAAGAUGUUAUCAUCGCUAUGUAGCAGUAAUGACGAAAAUGGCAAGUUUUUGAAGCAGCGCUGCCCCAAAACGUGCAACACAUGCCGUGGAACAGACSAAGGAGAGCCCGAGUUUGCAGGAGUUAUGUAAAGAAAAGCCAAAAAAUAGCAAUCGUAUUUUAAGAAAUCAUUUCGCUCUAACCUGAUCAGGCUUAUCGGCUGGUUAGCUGGACGUUUAGUUACGAAGUGUCAUCCUUAGAGAUCUAUGAAAGCUCACAAGACUCCUGUCUGCCUCCAAUUGAGUAUUAGRGAAGAUUCAGUCGGUGACUUUGAAUUUGCAUAUAGUAAAAACACAUAAAACAAUUCCCGCGUCCAAUGUAAAACAAUCAGAAAAAAUAUUUUAAUGACAACGCAAAUCAUUCUGCUGMUAAAAGAUAAAUAAUUAGCUACAGUUAGUUUAGUCAGUGAAGCUUCUUGAAUAUCAGUUGCCGCUGGGGUUAAGGACGGUCCAUUUGAUUAUUGUUGGGGGSUGAGUUAAAUCCCCCAAAAAAUAUCGAGCAAGCUCUCCAACCUAAAAAAAUAUCGUGCAUCACCAAUAUGGCGGAAAAAAUAUCGAGCAUGGGUAGUACUGACCUUUUUUAGAACCAAAUAAAAUAUUCAACUCUUCCACUCCCUUCUUCGUAGUAGGAGAUGCCCCUCAAAAUGCUGAAAAUCGCAUGUCUUAGAGAGUUCUUAUUUCAAACAUUUCUGGGGGAGGACCCCCAUACCCCCCUUAUUCCGGUAUCACCGAGGUUUUUUAAACCAAAUGAAAUAUUCAACUCUUCCAACCCCUUCUUCGUAGCAGGAGGUGGAAAAAGAAAUAUUCACGAUUAAAAUUUCACAUAAAUUUGAUGCCUUUUAUAUGCUCUCGAUACMCCUCAAAAUGCUGAAAAUCGCAUGUCUUAGAGUUCUUGUUUCAAAAUUUUCYGGGGGAGGACCACCAUACCCCCMUUAUACACKACUUUCACAAUGGCCGACACUAAUUAGCAUACUAUUGUUAAACUCAUAAUGUUGAAAAAGAAAACACUCAGAUGAUAGAUAWCAAAGCUAAAGAUAAGCUCUGAAAGUUUCAAAGUAUUACAUCCUUUGGAAGUUAUAAGGGUUGGAAGAUGCACAAAAACACCAAAACGAGGCCACCAAGGCCUCGGUAAAGAAUUUCAUACAAAUCCUUGCAUUUUCAUUCCAUAACUUUGUUAGUAUUUAGUCUUCAAAUUUUGCACACUUAUUUCUGAUAGUUAUUCAAUAUAUGACAGUGCUUAAUGUUUCCUUAAUAUUGCCAAUCAUAUAAAAUCGAUAGUAGGCACUUGUGAAAGUGGUCUUACACCCCUCAAUCAAAAAUAUGUAUCGCGGUCCCUGAGAAGUGCAGUUAGAUGUGUAGUUAUGUAAUAACAAUGCAACGUAUAGGGUUAUAAAGCAGCAACUAUGCAUUUUC